UCUCACAUCAUGUCAACUAAAGGCCCCGUUCGCUCUCGCAUAUUAUAUAUAUAAAUAAUCGGAGAAGAAUUCCCUCCGAGUCACCUGGACCGCCAUGUUCACUGUCGCCCUUUCGCUAUGCUUUCUAUGCGGAGCAUUCGCACGUACUCAAUUUACUCUCGAAUCCUUCACAACUAAACCACGCGUCUUCGUACUCACUGACAUCGCUGCUGAUCCUGACGAUGAAAUGUCCCUAACGCCUACCACUUCCACCUGGCUCCGGGACGAAACGUUCGCCUGGCAGAUCCAAGAAAAAGUCCUGGAGUGGGGCGAGGUUCGGGAUAAUCUGACGAAGCAUGCUGAGGGCUGGCCGGAGACGGAAGAGCUUUUGGGAAAUGUGUAUUCGGGGCUGCCGGUAUAUAGUGCGGAUGAUCCCUUGUGGGUUCCCAUCUGGGGUGGUGCGUCUGUACUUGCACAAGUGCUGUGGACAGUCCAGAAUACGAGGUCACAAGUGGCUGUAGCAGACUUCGUGACAAAAUUACGAGUCUAUGCUAUUUCAGACCAGGAUGAUGCCGGUCCUUGGAUACGGUCCCGUUUCCCAGAUCUGUUCUACAUUGCAAGCAUUCAUACCUUCAAUAUGUACAGUUUAGCUACCUGGCCUGGCAUUUCGGGAGAGUUAGAUGACGAUUUUGACGUGGGCGGUCCAGAUUCUAGUUUGGUCACCAACGAAUGGCUUGACUCCAAUAUCAGGUCUUCCGGGAGCGCAUUCGCAGCCAGCUACCCAAGAUUUGCAUAUAUAAUGGAAGGAGACACGCCGAGAUUACAUAUCACAGGAAAUCUGGGAUAAAUUCUGUAGAUACAAAUUAAUGCAACACGGUCUAUGCCUACACUACUGAGGUAUUGGUUCUGAUAUUUCAUCCAAUGUAGAUAGUAAACCUAGACAGGCCGGGACUGACGUCCAUGUCAUUUCGCUCUCCGCCCUCAUUCUAUCUCGAAUCCUCGAUAGAUUCGAGUCGGCUAGUAAACUCCUUUUGAAGUGAAUCGAUGUCUUUCUCACUGGCUGUAAUAGCUAGGUUGCUCCCGGACAAUCGGCCAG